AUUAGUGGAACACCGGGAUUCUCACGCGUCGGAGCGAGAGUCGUCUCGGCAUUUCCGAAAAGUUCUCGCGGUUGAUAAGGUGCGCGCGCGUGCGGAGUACUUAUAAUUCUCGCGAUGUCUCGAGUGUUGUUUGUGACGGUGUUUGUAAUAGCUGCUAUCCUCCUAUGCGGCGUCGACGAUGCUGCAGGUCGGAAAUGCGUGUGCACGAGCAAAGCCUGCAGGGAGAGCGGCGCCAAGACCUGCAGGACGCGAUUCUCCUGCUACACGGAGCUGAUCGUCAGCGGCGAGCCCACCGGCGUCAAGACUACCCGAGGAUGCACUGAGAUAAAGCUGGCGACAGAAAAUUUUCACAUCUCAGUCAGUCCUCGAUCGAAUGCUGCACUCAAUUGACCGGCCUAUUUUGUGUACAUCCUCAACGUCACACUCAAGUCUCUGCAGCUCGUUAUACUCCUCUGGUCGACUUCUCGCUGCUUUAAUUUCGCCGUCGCCGCCUCUUCGUCUGGACUUCGUUUCUCCAUAUACUCUGUCUUCUUAUUCUUUCGAUUGCCGCGGACGCUUCGUUAUAUGCAGCGUCGCGAACAUUUGUAUCUGUACCACGAAGUCGUCAAUUUAUUCUUUAUUUAUGUGCAGCGCGUACGAGCUCCAGUUGGAUACGAUGUAGUUUAUAGAAGCAGCGAAAUAUGCAAAUCCAUUCGGGUGUAUACAUAUGCGCUUUCGGAGACGCGCGCAAUUUCGCGAUGUCUUAUACCCCCAAUUAGAGACUGCUGUACAGCGUUGGGUUCAAUGUUUAUCGUAUGGAGAUUGCAGUUUGGUUUUGUAAUCGCUGUGGAUAGACCUCGAGGCGUAUGCUUGGGAGCAACGCCACUGCUUUGCGAGACCAAGUCCUGGCGUUCGAACGACGAUCCAGACGACAGCUCCAAUAACUCACUGGACACCCUGCUAAAGUUGGGACGCGUAGCUGCUUGGCCGCGAUUAACCUGCUGCGACACCC